GCUCUCUCUCCUCAGCUGUGUCAGUGGCCUCGCUGCUCUCCCACAAUGCAUUGCCAGAGGCCUUUGUGUUCAUCUGACAGACCAGUAUAACCAUUAGCUCCACUCCUUCUAGUCCAAAAGGGAGCAUCAAAACAAGAAGGUUCUCCUCUGACUGAACUUGUUUAUUAACUAUCUGCAGUUAUGUCUGGUUCUGGUGACCUACCAGCCAUCGAGGGUUCUGGGAUGGGCGGGAUGAGACUUCCUGUUGGAAUGACUCGACGGGCCCUGAGCUAUGACGAUAACCUGGAGGCCCCCAUGUCCACGCCGCCUCAUGACAUCAGCAUCAACAACCUGUGGAGGAGGCCCAUCAUCCCAGAGAGGAAGUUCUCCCAGCUCGCUGAGGAAGAUGAAGGCGGUCCAUCCAAACAGGCUGCAGUGCAGGACGGCGCCAUCUUUAAGGCCCCAGCUGUGGUGAAAACCAAGGCUUCAUCCAUCAUCAUGAAUUCCCUCAUCACCAGUAUGUUGGAGCUCCUGAUCCACAUAAAGCUCACUUCCUUAUUUUGUCUCAACAAUUGGUUCAAAGAUCAAGACAUAAAAAAACAUUCGUUUUUUCUCCUGCAGAACAAUAAGCUGCAGAUCCAAAGCCUGGAAGCCAGAGAGGAGAAGAGUUCUUCUGCUCAGUCAACUCCAUCAAACACGCCACACAGCUCCCCUAAACAACAGCGCAGGGGCUGGUUUGGAGGUACGAGCUCAGAGGUCAGCAUCAGCUCCUCCAACAGCAGCAUGGACAUGGGGGGAGGAGGAGUUUCAGGAGAGCACAUGGGAGGCGGUGCGGUGGAUCGGUGGGGAGUGUUUGGGCCUCGUCUGCCUGUCCAGAGUUCAACUCCUGAUGUGGGAUCAGAUGGUUCUGCUGCAGCAGGCUUUGCCAUCCAGGCGUACCGUGGAGCCCAGAAACCCACCCCCAUGGAGGUGAUGAAGUCCCAGGCCACACGGCUGGCAGACAACCCCCAGAGAGUUAAUCCGCCUCAGAUGGAGAUCCCCACCAUGGAGGGCAGGCGGCAGGGAGCGCGGCCGCACAAGCUCAAACACCGAGACAUGAACAUCCUGACGCCGUCCGGCUUCUGAGGUCGUGACCUCCAGUGCUGCCAAGGUCCCAUGAAACGAGCCCGGUCUUAUCGUCCGCCAUCUAGCUUCCAGGUUUAACUGUCUUAGAGUGGAAACUUCUUCCAAAGAGAAAUGUUUGUUUUUUGCUCAUUUCAUGUUCAUGUCUGCUUUAUAUUGGGAAGAAAACCGACUCUAUUCAGACCAAAAUGUUUCUAGACGAGUCCCUGGGUUAGUAACAUUCUUUCAGAAAGGAAACCAAACUUUAAAUUUCCUCUGAGAGCAAAUAGAUGAACUGUAAUGUU